AUGUUUAAAAAAUUUAAUGAAAAAGAUAGUGUAACAAGUGUUACUCAACUUCGUAAUACAGAUGUUAAACGUCUUAAACAUCGUUUACAAGAAGAUUUUCCUCAUAUUGCAUCUGUACUAGAUGAAAUUUUACCAAAAAAAGAUACACCAAAAUUAGUUAAAUGUCAAGAUCAUAUUGAAUUAAUAACUGAUUCAUCAGGUCAACCAUUAUUUUUUCGCUUUCGAGAUUCACCAUCAUAUAUACCAUUAUUACGUUUAUUACAUAAAUAUCCAUAUAUUUUACGUCCUCAACAAGUUGAUAAAGGUGCAAUACGUUUUGUACUUUCAGGAGCUAAUAUAAUGUGUCCAGGUUUAACAUCACCAGGUGCUAAAUUAUGUGAUGCACCAAAAGAUUCAAUUUGUGCUGUUAUGGCCGAAGGUAAAGAACAUGCAUUAGCUAUUGGUCUAUUAAAAAUGUCAACACAAGAUAUACAACAAAUAAAUAAAGGUGUUGGAAUUGAAACAUUACAUUAUUUAAAUGAUGGUCUUUGGACUGUUAAACAAGGUUUUAAAUAA